AUGCAUCCCUUUGAUCCCAUCCGCCCCGAGGAAAUCACCCUCACCACAUCCAUCCUCAAGGCCGCCCUCCCCGGCGUCAACCUCCGCUUCAAAGUCAUCGACGUCAAGGAGCCCAUCAAGCAACAUGUCAUCCCCUACAUCGAGGCCGAGCGGACAGGCCAGCCUCUCCCAAAGCCGCCGCCUCGCCUCGUCUACAGCUACUUGCACCGCCUGGACUCUUAUGCCUUCCUCAAGGCCGUCGUUAACCUCGACACAAAGGCCGUCGUCGAUCUCAAGGAGCUGCCCAAACACAUCCAGGGCCCCGUCGACGUGGACGAGAUGAUUGGGCUCGAGACGGUGAUUCUGAAGCACCCGCGGGUGAUUGCCGAGAUUGAGAAGCUCAAGCUGCCCGAGGGCGUCACGGUCUGCACCGAUCCGUGGAUCUACGGCACGGACGACGAGGCCGAGACGCGGAGGCUGGUGCAGUUUUACAUGUUUAUCGUGCCUGUGGCGCAUCCGCAGUCGAACCACUACUCGCUGCCGUGUGCGUUUUCGCCGGUGAUUGAUGCCAAUACCAUGGAACUUGUUCGCAUCGACUAUCUUCCCACAGGAGGCGAUCACUCAUUCGUCGAGACGCAGCCGUGGAAGCCCGUCAAGGCUGUUGAAUACGCCCAUGAACUACUAGAAACGCCCCAGCGGACGGACUUGAAGCCGUUGAUUGUGCAGCAGCCCGAAGGUCCAUCAUUUUCGCUCGACGGCCACCUGGUCAACUGGCAGAAAUGGCGGUUCCGCGUGGGAUUCAACUACCGCGAGGGCCUCGUGCUGUACAACCUCACCUACGACGGCCGCAACGUCUUUUACCGUCUUGCCCUGUCCGAAAUGACGGUCCCUUACGGAGACCCUCGAAAGCCGUUCCAUCGAAAGCAGGCGUUUGAUGUGGGUGACGUUGGAUUGGGCAUCACCUGCAACCAGCUCAGCCUCGGAUGCGACUGUCUGGGCCACAUCAAGUACUUUGACGGCUUCAGGAUCGAUUCGCAGGGACGACCGGUGCAUCUGCAGAAUGUCAUUUGUCUGCACGAGCAAGAUGCUGGAAUCCUGCACAAGCACACAAACUACCGCAACGGCCAGGCGACGGUGGUGCGCAACCGGCAGCUGGUGGUGCAGAUGAUUUGCACCGUCUCCAACUACGAGUACAUCUUCGCCUGGAUUCUAGACCAGGCUGGUGGUGUCGAGUUCGAAGUUCGUGCCACGGGCAUCCUGUCGACGAUCCCGAUUGACGAUGCCGAGGGCCUCAAGCUGCCCUUCUCAACCCCCGUUGGGCCCGGAGUAUCGGCGCCGUAUCACCAGCACAUCUUCAACCUGCGCGUCGACCCGGCGAUUGACGGCUUCAACAACACCGUCAUCUACGAGGACAGCGUGCCGCUCGACCCGCAGGAGCACGGCAUCGACGACCCUUACGGCGUGGGCUACGUGGCUCGCACGACGGUGCUGGACAAGGCGGGCUUCGCCGACACAAACGUCGAGCUGGGCCGCGUCUUCAAGAUCCGCAACGACAGCAUCAUCAACGCCAUCAGCCGCAAGCCCGUAGCCUACAAGGUCCAGACCGUCGCCAGCCAGCGAAUGCUCAUGUCCGCCCGCUCCUUCAACGCCCGCCGCGCGCGCUUCCACGAGCACGCCGUCUGGGUGACGCGCCACCGCGACGACGAGCUCUUUGCCGCGGGCGAGUUUACCAACCAGAGCCGCCUGAGUACAGGUGUUGAUGCCUACGCGGCCCGAGGCGACGAUAUUUUGAAUCAGGAUGUGGUGUUUUGGCACACUUUUGCGCUGACGCACAACCCGCGGCCCGAGGACUUUCCCGUGAUGCCCGUGGAGAGGCUGAGUGUUCAUUUCAAGCCUGUGGGGUUCCAUGAGAAGAACCCGGCGUUGGAUGUGCCGAGCUCGCAGCAGGCGGAGAACAAGUCGACGCUGGUAGAGGCGACGGGAGAGGCGGCGGCGUGUUGCGAGACGACGACGGCGAGCAAAUUGUGA